UACUGCUCAUUCAGUAACGAUCGUUUUCUUGGCUCUUUGUCUUUGCCUGGGUGUUGUUGAGUUGUAUAUUAUAAAUAUGUUCACUCACUGCGUAACUUUAAUUUAGAGAUGGAGUCUAAGAGGAAAUUCUCAUCCAAUUCCAUAGCCUAUGAAAAUGGAGCCAUCUCUAAAUUGCAUCCUCAAAGAAGACUAAAUGCCAGGACAAUGGAUUUAUUUUAUUUCAUACAGAGGGAUUCGUUUAAGCAUUGUUAUUCAUAUGCUUUUUAUACCAAAGGAAAGAAAAACCGUGAUAAUCGCAUCGGAAUUAUCCACCUGCGAAAUGAUGGAUUAUCCACAAAGUAGAUGACGCUGUCUGCCUACAUGGAUCUCAGGGCGCAAUGGGGAGGCACCGUUGACUUGAGCAUAACGACCAUCAUUUCGUCAUCAUUUGUAACCAUAGAGCAUGAAUUACCUCUUGAAGUCAUCAGUGAGAAUUUACGACUGGUCAACAAAGGCACGUGAUUCCCGAGCGCUCUCCCAUAUUUGGCCGCAUACCUGGCAAAGUACAGUAGGCUUCAUUGCUAUAAUUCAUGAUUACAUCAUAAAUCGAAAAGAGAGGAUUAUAGUGACAAAGAUCUGCAAAUCGAGCCUUUAAAAACAAGCAAAUGAGCUCUUACUUUGUUAACUCCUUUUCAGGGCGCUAUCCGAAUGGCUCCGACUAUCAGUUACUAAAUUAUGGGAAUAACGGCGCUGUGAACGGUACGUUCAGGGACCCUGGCACCAUGCACUCCGGGUCGUUCGGCUGCAACUACAAUGGCAUGGACCUAAGCGUUAAUCGCACUAACACUGGUAGCCACUUCGGGGCUGUCGGAGAUGACACCCGUGUUUUCCCGUCCACGGGCCCGGACGCCCGGUACAGACAGCCGACCUGCUCGCUCUCAUCUCCAGAUCCCCUGCCUUGCGCCAACCACGAUUCUUUGGAACUAAAAAAAACCUCUCCUCCAUCUGACCGGAGCACGACCUCAAGCAUCAACAAUAAUCUCAACAAAGGCAGCAACAGUCAUUUUACAGAGAUAGAGGACACCGGCGUUGUCUCUGAGUCCGAGGAAGGCGCACACACAAGCAGUUCCAGCAACACCGCUGCCCGGGCGAUACAACCACAACAGGAAUCCAACGCAACCUCCACGACGACGUCAAACGAUUGCCAAACGCCACAAAUAUUCCCUUGGAUGCGGAAACUGCACAUUAACCAUGAAAUGGCUGGACCGGAUGGGAAAAGGGCCCGAACAGCGUACACCCGCUACCAGACGCUAGAGCUGGAGAAAGAAUUUCACUUCAAUAGAUACCUAACCCGGAGGAGGAGAAUAGAAAUAGCCCAUACGUUGUGCCUCACGGAACGACAAAUAAAAAUCUGGUUCCAGAAUCGAAGGAUGAAAUGGAAGAAGGACAAUAAACUCAAAAGUAUGAGUCUGGUUACCGGAGGUAGCGCGUUCCAUAACUGAGCUCGAACUGCAAGUGAUAAUUAGGGGGAUAUCCGGAGUGUAAGCUACACGCAGCACCUUUCGGCAUGUUGUGAUUUUAGACGGAAAAAUAUUCUGUGGUAUUAAACAGACGUUUUGUUUUCAUUGUGUUAUGGUAGCCCGUAGUUCUUUGGAAAUAGAUUGGGAAAAACGUUAAAGACUCAUUGUCGAAGGGCAGGCUAUAUAAGUAAUGUGCUCUGUUUUCCCUCUUGAAGGUUGUCAUGUUUCACGUGAGCUCUUAUAUUGUGUAACUUCUAAACAGUCAUAACAGGUGUAAAGUGUACAGUAGGCUAUAUGUUUCCAAACCGUAUGCUGCUCUUCAAAGAAUGUAAACCUUGAUGGGACCAUUCAAAGCGCUUUAGUGUAGCCUAAGUUUUAAUGCUGUAUUUAUGCUUGAUUAUCGUGGUCAGAGCCUUAUGUUUGAAAAUACAGUUAAUCUGUUACUUAGCCGAUCACAUGUUGUGCACAAAUGUCAAUUAUAAUUGUUUAAAACUAAGUACUUACUAUUUGUUGCAUCAAAAUGUAAAUGCUUCAAUUAGUGGACUGGAGAGGGAGUGCUAUUCUAUGGAUUUUACGGAACAGUGAUGGUAAACACUUUGCCAAUUAAGCUUUUUGUAUUUGUAUGUGAAUCUAUAGAGCUGGAAUUAAAGUUUCUCUUCAUCGCUUGA